AUGGAUCAGUUGGAAUGCUAUUACGAAUCUCUGGUCCAGGAGCUUGAGGAACUCAAAGGCAAGGAGAAGAAAGCUUUGGAUUCUUUGAAUGAAAAACUGGGUAAGCAAGCUUUGGCUGCAGAGUUAGCACUUAAAAGGGCUCGCUUAACUUGUUUUAUUGUUGUCAACCAUCUGCAGAAGGAUCUUGAAUUGCGUUCAUCCAAUGAGAAGCUCAUUAAGCAAGCUUUUCCAGACCCUCCACAAAGCUUUCACGAAUGCAUUCAAUCAACAGAUGUUUCAAAGCCUGAGAAUCAGGAUGCUCGUGACGUAAACCUCACACAGUUUUGGAAUGGAAAAAAGGGCAUGAAGGAAUGCAAAGGUGAUAUUCAUGUGCAAGAUUUGAAGCAGAGGCUGGAUAUUAUUCAUGUGCAAAAUUCAUCCUUAUGA